AUGCCGCCUUCCGCCCAGGGUGAUCGCGGAGGUCACGAGACCACCACCCAUUCCGAGGAUCGCACACCUGAUCUCUCAGCUUCGCAAGUCUCUCUUCAGAGUAACGGAGACCAGGGAGCUGCAGCAACUUCGAAGGAGGCCACCACCACAAAGCAGUACAGAGCCCCCGUUGCCAGGCGAAUAUCUGCCAGGUCUCCGAUAUUGCAGCCGUCGCCAGUCUAUUCUCUUCGCAGUCAAAUUUCCACUCUGCGUCUAGAUUCUCAGGAUGACGACGAGGACACCCAGAGUACUGGCAAGUCCGAGCAAGUCUUGUUCAGCCAGGUCUUAGACUGGUUGCGCCAGGAACAGGGCAAGCGCACUGCUGCUGAUACUGGUACUAGCGCCGCCAGAAGCGACAGCAGUUUCUCUCUGGACGAAAUGCAGCAGCAUUCUUUUGGCCCGGAAAAGGGACUGGCGUUGGACCAGUUAGAGAAGAUUCUACAUCAUUAUGCAACGACUUCAAAGGAUCAGGGAAACGCUCUCACUCGUCACCCGUCAAGACGACAUCACCAUAGCCGCUCCAAAGGACUUAGGCGUGGCUCUGGGUCUGAUUCGGACUAUUAUGACGAGACUGGCGUUCCCAGCGUCGAUGCUAUUCUAGAUAACACGAAGACGUUGGCAUACAACGGGGGAGCCUCGUCAGAAAACCUCCUGUCCGGUUCUGAUCAGCAGACUCGGGCGUCAAAGGAAACCAAUCACUGGUUGACCUUCAAAGCAGAGAUUCUUCGCCUUGCCCAUACCCUUCGCCUAAAAGGGUGGCGGAGAGUUGGUAUGGACAGCUGUGGUGAUAUUGAAGUUACUCGUCUGAGCGGUGCCCUGACAAACGCCGUCUAUGUGGUGAAGCCUCCGAAGCUCGCGCGCCAGAAUUCAGAAAGGAUUCACAAGCUGAUGCCGAAUCGACCACCUCCAAAACUACUUCUUCGUAUAUAUGGUCCACAGGUAGAGCAUCUGAUUGACCGCGAAGGGGAACUACAGAUACUACGUCGACUAGGGCGACAGAACAUUGGACCGCGUGUUUUGGGUACAUUCAAUAACGGGCGGUUUGAAGAGUAUUUCAACGCACAUCCACUGACUCCUAGAGAGUUACGAGUCCCCGAAACCUCACGACAAAUAGCCAAGCGAAUGAGAGAGCUUCAUGACGGGAUUGAACUGCUAGAACACGAACGCCAGGCCGGUCCAUUUGUGUUUCGCAACUGGGACAAAUGGGUAGAUCGCUGCGAGCAGGUCAUCUCCUGGCUCGAUGGGGAGAUCCUGUCGGGCCAGACAGGCCGGCCGGAAGCCUGGCGCCAACGGGGAUUCGUGUGUGGUGUGCCCUGGGCAACGUUCCGAAAGGCUGUUGAGAACUACCGGAUCUGGCUUGCCGAUCACAUGGGGGGCAUGAAGGAGAUCAAGCGGCAGCUCGUGUUUGCCCACAACGAUACCCAGUACGGCAAUCUCCUUCGCCUUGAACCCGAGGAAGAAUCGCCCUUGCUUCUGCCGGCCAACUCGCACAAACAGCUCGUUGUCAUCGACUUUGAAUACUCGUCAGCUAACACUCGUGGCCUUGAGUUUGCUAAUCACUUUACCGAAUGGUGCUACAAUUACCAUGAUGCGGAAAGGUCGUGGGCAUGCAAUACACGCGCCUAUCCAACCCCCGAAGAACAGCACCGGUUUAUCUCUGCUUACAUCUCCCACCACUCGCAAGUUGGCCCUGGAUAUUCUCCACUUGUUACUCCAGAUAUCGCCCCUGCGUCCAUUAGUACUCCCCGCCUAGCCGCUUUUUCUUUGGAUGCACCUGCCAUCGCCACGGCCAAUUUAUACUCUGAGCCCGAUCGUUUGCAUCAUGAAGACUCCUUCGAAACCGAAAUCCAGCAUCUCAUGCGGCAAACUCGGCUAUGGCGAGUCGCCAACUCGGCACAAUGGGUUGCCUGGGGUAUCGUACAAGCCAAGAUCCCAGCAAUGGAGGAACCAGAACACCCAUCAACACUACUCAAUAAUAACCAUGAUAUUAACCAAACCGACAACAACAAUCAUACCGAGGCCGCACAAGAGAACCAGGAAAGCGACGAAUUCGACUAUCUUGCCUACUCCCAAGACCGGGCUCUGUUCUUCUGGGCCGAUGUCUUGGCUAUGGGCCUAGUUCGAGAGGAUGAGCUUCCUGGGGAACUUUUGGAAGUGAUCAAAUCGAAGAUUGUGAAUUAUUAG